AUGUUACAACUCAUUGGUAUUAUUGCUGUCAUUUCGCUCAAUUUGAUCACAAAUUCAGUCGCGGUUUUCACUUGUCCUCAGGCGAAUGGAACUUAUGUCAACCGAGAUGACUAUCGAUCGUUUUACCGAUGCAUCAAUGGAAUCAAUAUGCUUCAGUAUUGUCCAUCUGCAACUCAAUACUAUUCUACAAGCAAUGCAACUUGUCAAGAUAUUCCAACCGAGUGGAGUUAUACUUAUGAUCUUACUGGAACUUACACUAUUACAGCUAAUACAGAAUAUCGUCAUGUUUAUCAAAAGGACUAUGAUGUUUAUUGGACAAGUGACACACCUACGGUAGCCAACACAUUCAUCGGCCGCUACAUUAAUGAAACGCAUGUUGUUGGCAUUCAGACCCGUCUAAUUCAUCUAACAGGCUGUACAUCGGUUUUGAACGCCAGAAUGAUAGCCAUUGGUAACAAGUCGUUUUGCUAUUAUACUAGCCUUGCCCUUUUUGGACGAACAUGUGAUCUAGAAGCACCUUACUCGAGCUAUGCGUGUGUUUCACAAUGA